CUAUUACAAGUCUUCUUCAGGAUUUGCUCAGGCUUAGUUAGCGUAAAGAGCUGGACUCCAUUUCAUUACGCCACAUCACCACCUCUCUGGUUUUUAAACCAAUCCUUUCUCCCUAACUCUCUAUCCUGCCCCUUAUAUUAUUGCUUUCCGCUCUCCAUACCUAAAACUAAAUCCUGAAAAUUUAAAAAAAAAAAAAAGGAAAAAAUGGAAGGACUUAUUCCUUUUGUGUACAGAGCCAUAAUGCAACACAGGAAUGGAAAAGAAGGACCUCUAGAUUCAUGGCUAAUGAGUGAGUCGCCUUCUGCUUCCUACAUGAGACUUCCAGGCGAUUCGGGUCGGUUUCAGGCAUCGGAGAUUCAAAUUUUCGGAUCGGAUUAUGGGUUUUCUACUACUUCUUCAACUUCUGCUACUGCUAAUAUGAAUUCUUCUUCUUCUUCUACCACUCAAAUUAUCGUAUCCACCGGAUCUCAAUCUCCUCUUCUUCGCUUGACUUCUCGUCGAGUAGCUGCGUGAGGAUGAAUUUAAAACAAAAGAAAAAGAAAAUGCUGUAUGAUAUUAUAGUAAGUUCUCUUUUCUUAAUUUUAUGUUUGAAUGGUAAGUAAUAAGCAUGUGGAAGACCAAAGGGGAACGCAUGCUUUUGUGGUAUGUUUCUAUUUAGUGUUGGAGUUUGCUGAAGGUAGAAGAAGAAGAAGCAUGUGAAAAACCAAAGGGGGACACAUGCUUCUUGUAGUGUUAAUAAUAAUAAUAAUAUGCAGAGCAGAAGAUUAGAUUUGUGUAAAUACUUAUGAUUUGUAAUGUUUGAGAAAUCUCAAAGUUUAUUUGUAAGCCAAAAAGAAAAAGAAUAAUAUAAUAAUGUUAUGUUUCUUGGCCAAAGGGCCAUAUUGUUGUAUUAAGUGUAACAGUGCAUGCUUAAUCUGAGGAUUCCUGGCUUGAUUAUCAA